AUGCCAUACACUGAUUUGCGGAAGCAGGACGAAGUGGCCGUCCUGGAGGACACGAUCCGCCAGCGAUCGGAGCAGCAGAAGAAGGCGGGGGUGGAGUUGGAUGCCACGUGCCACAUCUGCCUCAAGACCAAGUUCGCGGACGGCGUGGGCCACGUCUGCAACUACUGCCACAUCCGCUGCUGCGCCCGCUGCGGCGGCAAGUCGCUGACUCGAAAGUAUGAGGGCGGCACAAAAAAGUUAACAGAAUUCAAUACCUGCCAAAAUGCUCAGCCUUACUUCCCGCAGUUGAAUAAGAAUAGAGAGCUGCAGGCUUUCGUGCGUGGUCACAAGGGACACUGGAAUCGAUAA